AUGUGCUUGCCUAGCUUCUUCAGUCUGUACAAUGGAGCAUCAAAAAUACAUCCAAAAACAGGAGUUCCAUAUUUGGUUCCCGUGAAGUGGAAUGACAGGACAGACUGGAAACAGGCUGUCCUUCUCACAGAGACACAGUUCAAGGUGAUAAUUCAACUCAAAAACAACCAAGAACAGCAAUUACAAUUCUCUAAGCACGAGGUUGCUUUGGAUAAGCUAACAAAAGAAGAAGACAUCAUAAUCGGGAUGGAGGUUCUGGUAAAACUUGGCGUUGAUAAUAAACAAAUACCAUUCUAUGCUACAGGAACAAUCGUUGGCCAAUUACGUCUUUCUCAGUAUAACGUGACUCUAAGUUGUCGAAUAAAAGCCAUGCCACUUGGCGUUGGCGAGAAAUUGUCUAACAGUAGAGUAAAGAAGAUCGAAGAUAACAUGAUGACAGCUUCCAGUACAUACAACGAACAAUUUAAUGCCAGCAUGGGAAGACUCGGUAAUAAUCAGGUUUGGUGCCCAUCAAGAAUAGAUGCGCGUGGCUCGUGGUUACAAGUUGGUCUGGGUCUUCCCUAUUACCUUUGUUCUGUUGCUGUAAAAGGAAACACUGGAAACAUGAACGAGUGGGUUAAAACAUACACUGUAGGAUUGUCUUAUGAUGGCUCAAUGUUUCAUCACGUCAAGGAGAAUGGCGUUAUUAAGGAUUUCCAUGCUUCGCGAGAAGGUCUCGAGAGCGCCCUUGAUGUUGCUUUUCCUUAUAGAUUCGUACGAUUUUAUCCAAAAGGAUAUCAUAAUUAUCCAUGUAUGGGCGUGGAAGUUUAUGGUGUUGGACCCGCUAGAACUUAUGAAGUGGGUCAACAGUUCAAUAUUGAUGAAAUUAGAGUAAAAGGUGAUCAUCAUGCACCUUACUUAUUCGUCCCCUUCGACUGGAAAAGCCGUAACGACUGGAGAUUAGCAAGAUAUGUCUCACACCUGCAGAAUAACGUUCACGUGAAGGUGAUGCCUGGUUCUCAGAGUACUUUGGUCUUUAAUUCCAAUGACGUCAUUUUGAAUUUGCCUCCUCGUAGCGAUACUCUUUACACCGGAAGAGCUGUGUAUGCUCCGUUUGCCAAAGAUAUGCAAGGAAUGGCUAUGUAUGCAGUUGGUAGAAUUAACCUCAUUCAAAAUGGGGAAUACCUCGUUACCCCAAUUUGUAGCAAAGUCCAGAAAUCCCUACCUGUAGGAAUAGGUAGUGCAGGUACAUUUCCCCAGGAUAGAAUAAAGCAGAUACCAGAUAGCCAGCUGUCGGCAACAUCAAGUUAUACAAACUAUGAAGCUAAAUAUGGUCGCCUUGGAAACAAGAAAGUUUGGUGUGCUUCUAGUGAUCAACUCAG